AGAAAGCAGCCGGGGCAGCAACAAUUCAGAUUUGGAAUUCAAAGGAAGAUUUUAUUCACUCAAGCAGAAUACUUGAAAUUUGCAGCUAGACUUUCCUCAUCCUUCUCUCAGUCACAUGAAGUUUUCUUAAAGCCUACUUCAGUUUGCAAAGACCUACUUAACAAUCUAGCAUCAGAGUGUGUUAAUAUACAUUGAAACAUGAGACGGGAGGAGGAGUACGGAUAUCGUCAACACCUCUUAACCACCUUUAGAAAAAGAAAAACACCUUAAAUUGGACCUCAAUUUUAGCAAAAGAAGAAAACAGGAAUUAUUACAGCUACAUUAUCUUAAACCAAUAAACUGCCAACUGAGAAUGACCAUGUCCAGGCAAUGGAUUAUAGGAAUUGUGUUUGUGGUGGUGGUAACUGCGGUAUUAAUUUGCUUGCAGUACCCGAAGCUAGAUAUGUUUUUAAUGAAAGAAGGAAAGCUGUCUAUAUUUGAAAUUGAAAAUGCAAAUGAGAUCGGACAAAAAUUAACAGAGAAAAGUAUUGAACUUGGACAUUGUGAGAGGAAGCUGGAAUCAAACAAAAACAAUAUUGGAAGGAAAGCUGCCCUACAAGUCCUCACUCCCUGGCUUGCUCCAAUCAUCUGGGAUGGAAUAUAUGAUCUCAAUGUUCUGAACGAUCAGUUUAAGGAUAAAACAAUUGGACUAUUUGUGUUUGCAGUGAAAAAAUAUAUUCGGUUCCUGGGGCCUUUCUUGGAGUCGGCAGAACGUUACUUUAUGGUUGGUCACAAAGUUAGAUAUUAUGUAUUUACGGACAAAGUGUCUGAAGUCCAGAAACCUAAACUGGCUGAAAACCGUGUUUUGUCUCUGAUGGAGGUGACUGCUGAUCAACGUUGGCAGGAUGUAUCUAUGAGGAGAAUGCAAGUCCUUACCAAUCUGACUCGUGAACAACUGCCCCAAGAGAUAGACUACCUGGUGUGUGCAGAUGUAGACAUGGUGUUUGGUGAUCAUGUGGGUGUUGAAAUACUUGGGGAUAGAGUGGCUACAAUACACCCAGGAUAUUUCCUUGCCGAACCUCACAGUUUUUCAUAUGAACGUCGCCAGAUCUCUGAAGCAUUCAUCCCCUACGGGCAUGGGGACUUCUAUUAUAUGGCAGCUUUUUAUGUGGGGACAGUUGAAGAAAUUUACAAACUCAGCACAGCGUGCCAAAACGGUAUCGUAGCAGACAAGAAAAAUAAUAUUGAAGCUGUAUGGCAAGAGGAAUCUCAUCUUAAUAAGUACAUGGCGGAUAAUAAACCAACUAAGGUGCUUUCUCCAGAAUAUAUUUGGGAUACUAACUUACCCAAUGGUGACAUGAUAAAAAGGAAGAGAUUUCUAGCAGUGCAUAAAAACCAUGCAGAAAUCAGGAACCGAAGGGAUUUGAUAGACACAGACUGAAUUAAUCGUGUUUGUUGAUAAGAAAUGGUUCUCUAGGUGAAAUGGAUUUGAGUGUUAUAUUCACAAAUUUAGAAUCCUAAACUUUCACCAUAAUAGCUCCUCAAAAUUCAACACUUAACCUAACAUUUAUUACAGUGAUACUUUGUGAAGUACUGUGCAAAAUCCUAAUAAUUUAUUUGUGGACUUUGCAAGUUUACCAUUCUUGCACAGUCACCUAUAUUCCAUCCUGGAUUGUUUCAAGUGUGCCAAGCAGUU